AGAAGCCUUCGAAUUUUGAAAGGGAUUGAGAGGAAAAUAAUUGGGGAAUUAAAAUCUCGGUACCAUCUCGCUCGUUGGUCAGUCGCCGUCUGCUCGAUCCCUACCAUCCCCACCAGCAGCACCGGCCGGCCGCCGCGGUGAACGGAGAGAAGCAGCCAUGGCCUCCAAGCAGAUGGAGGAGAUCCAACGGAAGCUGUCCCUUCUUGCCUACCCGCGGGCCAACACCCCCGCGCAGUCCCUCCUCUUCGCCGGGGUCGAGCGCUACCGCCUCCUCGAGUGGCUGUUCUUCCGGCUCCUAGGCGACAGAUCGCCGUUCACGCAGCAGAACUGGCAGGGGGAUAGCCUGGACCGCGACGAGGAGAACAACAGAAUCCAACACCUGGCGGAGAUAGCUAACUUCCUGGGCAUCACGCCUUCAGUGGACACCGAAGCGAUUCAGGGUAGAGGCAGCUAUGAGGAGCGGGUGGAACUGCUCCGUCUCAUUGUCGAUCUAGUGGAAGCUAGUUGCUAUGCCGACAAUCCAGAAUGGAGUGUUGAUGAGCAAUUGGCAAAGGAUGUGCAACUCGUAGAUUCAAUUGCUGAGAAACAAGCCCAAAUUUUUUCGGAGGAGUGCAAGCUUUUCCCUGCAGAUGUUCAAAUACAAUCAAUUUACCCUUUGCCUGAUAUUGCAGAACUAGAGUUGAAGCUCUCUGAGUAUACAAAAAAGAUGUCCAAUUUGCAGCAGAUGGUUCAGGAAUUGGCUUCAAAGUAUGAUUACAACCCAAAUGAAGACUAUGCCGAGACAGAGUUGAAGUUGAGGGAACAUUUGCAAUCAUUUUUGGAAACGGUUAAAUCCUUCAAUACGAUAUAUACUAAGGAAAUUCAUCCUUGGACCCACAUGAUGGAGGUGCCACAACUGCAUGGCUUUGGCCCUGCCGCUAAUCGCCUGUUGGAGGCAUAUAACACCCUUUUAAAGUUCCUAGGAAAUUUGAGGAGUCUGCGAGAUUCAUAUACUGCAAUGGCUGCUGGGUCACUGUCAGCGUCUAAUGAGCCUUCAUCAGUCGCCAAAAUUAUUUCAGACUGUGAAUCUGCACUGACAUUCUUGAAUCACAGCCUUUCCAUCCUUUCAACUUCCCUGGCACGGGAGCAAGGGGAAACACUAUGAUUUUACAGCACCUGUAUAUCAGGAUACACUGAUUCAGUUGUUUUUAGUUUCAGGUGAGGCAUGUAGUAAAGAUUUUGUGCCAUUUGUUGGUGUGCUCCUGUGUGGCUGUAGUUUGUAACUCAAGAGAUUGAAAUAACUUACUAAACAUCAUAUCUAGAGUUCUUUUGGAGGUUUAACUGAACUUGUAUAUGUAUGCCCUUUUAUUCU